AUGGCGUCCUCUUCAACUCCAUCAACUCCCCUGCUUUACUCAUGUAUCGCCCACAACACCACCAUCCUGUCAGAAUGCACGACAUCAGCAUCCUCCCAAACUUCAUCUCUCGCAUCUCUUAUCCUCCCUAAAAUCGAACACACCAACCCUCAAAAGCUCACCUACACCCAUGGCCAGCACCAGAUCCACUACAUCGCCGAGUCGCCAUCCGAGCAUCGCGAACACCCAUCAGCCGGCGGUCUUACAUUCCUCGUCAUCGCCGACUCGUCCCUCGGCCGUCGCGUUCCCUUUGGAUAUCUUUUCGAGAUCCGCAAGCGCUUCUUGCAGCAGUUUCCCGAAAGUAGCGAUUUCUCCGACAUGCCCAACUACGGCGCUGCGUCCUUCAAUUCGGAGCUUAAGAACCUCAUGGUAGACUACGGUACCACGAGCGGCGGCCGCGACGAUGCCAUCGGAAACGCCAAGCGAGAAAUCGACGACGUUAGAGGAAUCAUGACCAAGAACAUCGAGAGUCUGCUUGAGCGCGGCGAACGUCUGGAUCUGCUGGUCGACAAGACCGAUCGCCUGGGCGGUAGUGCGCACGAGUUCCGCGUACGCAGCCGCGGUCUGAAGCGCAAGAUGUGGUGGAAGAAUGUCAAGCUUAUGGGACUACUGGGUCUCGUGGUAUUCCUCAUUAUCAUGGCGAUUGUGAUUGCAGUCAAGAAUUGA